AUGCUCAACCACCUUAAUUCUUCGCCCUUCAUUGGCCUUGGUAUCGAUGAGUCCACAGAUAGGUCACAGGAAAAGCAUAUAGCUGCUGUAGUUAGAUAUGUCGACUCCAACGAAACGAAGAUCAAGACCUCAUUUCUUAAAUUAUCAGUUAUUACAAGCGGCACUGCUCCAGCAAUUGUUGAAGCUGUCAAGAAAAUCCUAGGAGAUUUUAGCAUUCCUGUGAACAAGGUACAUUACAUUUACAUAAUUGAAAUGAGUACUCAGGAAAUAUUUGACCAGAGAUUAGUGAUCUCUUAUUAAUAAUAUUUAAAAAGAUUAUGAAGUACAGUUGUGAAUUUAUACAACAUUAAUACAUUCUAUAGCUCACAGGUUUAGGUAUAGAUGGAGCAUCUGUGAUGGCAAGUGAUAUGAAUGGUGUAUUGGGACUUCUGCAGCGAGAGAACCCAUUUCUAAUUGGUAUUCACUGCAUUAACCACAGACUUCACCUUGCUGUUUCCAAGGCAGCAAAAGAUAUAAAGAAUGUGAAUACACUAUCCACUAUACUCAGCACUAUUUACCAGCAUGUGAACAACUCACCUAACAGGCUUCAAAAGUUUAAAAAUUUGGCUGAUGUGCUAGGUGCGAUUAAUCAUGACAAUGCACCUGAAGAAGGAAACGAGAACAUUGCACCAUCCUUAAAGUAUCUAAAGUUCAAGCGAGUAAGAAUUAAUAUAGAUGAAUAUUAUGAAUUAAUAUAGCAGAUCCUGGAGCAUUGAAGAGGGAAACUGGAUGAUUAACUUGUUUUCUUUUCAGAUUUUUGAUAUAAGGUGGUUGUCUGUUGGGGAAGCAGUAAAGGCAGUGAUUCAUAAUUACCAACCCCUGCUUAUUCUGCUUGAAGAAGAAGCUGCUAACGAUGAGCCUACUUCGAUGGGACUUUUGGAAAAGCUAUCCUCGUAUAAAUAUGUAGCUCUACUCCAUCUCUUGGGUGACGUCGUGGGAGCUACAAAUCACCUCUGCAGAAUUUUUCAGUAUCGAGAUAUUUCAUUUUCUACAUUGCAAAGUCAGGUACUGUAACUAAAAUUUAUAAAGUUGUUACUAUAAUUCAUAAGAGACUAACUAAGAUGAAUAAAUAUCAAUUUAAUUACUUUAGCUACCAAUAUUUGUUGAGACUUUACAAGAUAUGAAGAAUCAACCUGGAAAGUAUCUUCAGAUGUUUCUUGGGUGUAUGGAAGAAGGAUCUGGAGAUAAUUUUUGA